GGGAUGGAAGAGAGAAGGGGACGAAAUAGGAGCAAGUUGUCACCAGAGCUCCUGCUCGUGCUCCAACUCCAUCGCGCUCACUCUUUGUAGGCCUCCACCUCGAACAACUUCAUAAAUCAGAGUCGAUUCUUGACAAAUCGAAGAUGCGACACCACCAUCAACAACUCACCUUCUCGUCGAUUUCACCUGCUUCAACCUCUUCCGGCGAUGGAGUCUUCCUAGUGGAGCUUGCAGGAGGAAAGAACACGGGGGACGAUGAGCAACGCACAGACCAAGCCCUUGCAUUCUUGAGAGACCCAUUUCCGUCAAUCGAACUCUCUCUCGAUCUCUUCCUCUCUCCAUCAAUGGCGGCCGCAGCCACAACGCUCUAUCUACUUCCUUCCCUCAGCCGCCCUUCGCCCGCGUCUUGUUCUACUGCUUCUUCUCCGCCAUUCCUUGUGCAUUUAUCGUCUCGCAAUAGCUUCGGUUCCGCAACUUUGAAUUGCUCAUUCCCUCGUGCUCUCAAGUUCAAGCGCGAAAAGGCUCCUUCCCAUCGUUACGGCCCAGUGGUUCGUGCAGCUUCUGGCGAUUACUAUUCCACUCUCGGCGUUCCCAAGUCCGCUUCGAUUAAAGAUAUCAAAGCAGCUUAUCGGAAAUUAGCUCGCCAGUAUCAUCCUGAUGUUAACAAGGAGCCAGGGGCAACUGAGAAAUUUAAGGAGAUUAGUGCAGCAUAUGAGGUGCUAUCAGAUGAUAAAAUGAGGGCCAGAUAUGAUCAGUUUGGUGAAGCUGGAGUGAAGAGUACAGUUGGUGGCCAGUCAGAUGCAUAUACGGUUAAUCCUUUUGAUCUCUUUGAGACGUUCUUUGGGCCGAAUAUGGGUGGCUUUUCCAGUAUGGACCAAACCGGCUUCAGGACAAAACGUCGCAGUACAGUAAUUAAGGGCGAAGAUAUAAGGUAUGACAUUGCUUUAGAAUUUUCCGAGGCUAUCUUUGGAGCUGAGAAAGAAUUUGAGCUAUCUCAUCUGGAAACAUGUGAAGCUUGUACUGGCACAGGAGCCAAAAUAGGGUCCAAGAUGAGGGUCUGCUCAACUUGUGGUGGAAGAGGUCAAGUUAUGAAAACUGAACAAACCCCCUUUGGCAUGUUCUCACAGGUUUCUGUCUGUCCUAACUGUGGUGGGGAAGGUGAGGUCAUCUCUGAAUAUUGUCGAAAAUGCUCCGGAGAAGGGCGUAUACGUACUAAGAAAGGUAUCAAGGUUAAAGUACCUCCUGGAGUUGCCUCGGGUAGUAUUCUCAGAGUUGUUGGAGAAGGAGAUGCUGGACCUAGAGGUGGCCCCCCAGGAGAUCUAUAUGUCUAUCUCAAUGUUGAAGAGAUAACUGGAAUUCAAAGAGAUGGAAUAACUCUGAGAUCAACCAUAUCUAUCAGCUAUGUUGAUGCGAUUCUUGGAACUGUUGUCAAGGUGAAUACAGUGGAUGGAGAAAGUGAAUUGAAAAUUCCUGCUGGUACUCAACCUGGGGAUGUACUAGUCCUGUCCAAGAAAGGUGCACCAAAAUUGAAUAAACCAUCUAUACGUGGCGAUCACUUGUUUACAGUUAAAGUCACCAUACCAAAAAGAAUAAGUGGGCAAGAGCGUGAAUUACUUGAGGAACUAGCUUCUCUGAGCAAUACUAGUGCAGCUAGAUCAUCAACCAGGCCCAAACCUCAGAUUUCCAAAAAUGACGACGGAACAGUGGCAGGAACAACUGAGGAAGGAGGAGAGCAAAGUGACGUUUGGAAGCAGUUAAAAGAUUUAGCAGGGGCUGCUGUCAAUGGCGCUAUGAAAUGGCUGAAGGACAACCUGUAGGAACAACUUCUUCCAUCACUUGGGGCAUUCCGGCUAUUUUUUCCCCAUUUCUAGCUAGCAAUACAUUUUAGAAUGUGCCCUUGGAUGGAGUAUUUGGUGGUUAACUUGGCAGCAAUUGUGCUUAGAAUUGAGAUAGCAGAACUGAGAAUCCAAAUCCCUAUAUAAGAAAAAAAAAAUUCUUUUGUCUGUUACUAUUUUCUUUUCUUUCUGUGCUCUUGUAAUUCGGUUUCUGCUCAUUUCGUGGCAUUAUACUUUAUACGAUGUCAAUACUGCUAAACAUUACUGCUCAUUGAUGCGUUGCCAUAGUGACGAGAUUUACAAUUUUUUGCCCUUUCUAUUUGGUAAUUGAUGGCUCC